CAUCAACGUCUGGUGGUGACGUCGCCGACAGGGCGGGGCCAACAUUCCAACUGCUGUCUACUUUUGUCUCUACGUGGAGGAGGCAGGACUGCAAACUGGACGCUGUCUGGAAUUUCAGGCGCACCGAUAUCCCACCUUUCUCUGACUGACCACCUCAGGUCAAUCACAGAAACAUGACUGGAAAAAUAACAAAAGAGGAAAUGGAGGAGAUGAGAGAGAUCUUUGGAAAAUGUGAUCUGAAUGGCGAUGGCUUUAUCGUUGAUUAUGAACUCCAUGAGCUCCUUAAAGAUGCCGGCCAUGCCCUACCUGGAUACAUGGUCCGUGAGAUCAUCCAGAAACUGGAUCGCAACCAUGAUAAUAAGAUCAGCUUCGAAGAGUUUCUAGCGAUCAUCCAGGAGCUGAGGGGCAGUGAAAUAGCAAAAACUUUCCGCAAGGUCAUCAACAGAAAAGAAGGCAUCCUGGCUAUUGGAGGGACGUCAGUGCUGUCAAGCGAAGGCACACAACACUCAUUCUCUGAGGAGGAGCGAUAUGCCUUUGUGAACUGGAUCAACACUGCUCUGGAAAGAGACCCUGACUGCCAGCACGUCCUGCCCAUGGAUCCCAACACAGACUCUCUCUUCACCUCUGUCGGCGACGGGAUCGUACUCUGCAAAAUGAUUAACCUGUCAGUGCCAGACACUAUUGAUGAGAGGACCAUAAAUAAGAAGAAGCUGACACCAUUUACGAUACAGGAGAACCUGAACCUGGCCCUGAACUCAGCUUCUGCUAUUGGCUGCCAUGUGGUGAACAUUGGGGCUUUAGACCUGAAAGAGGGGAAGCCCCAUCUGGUGCUGGGCCUCCUGUGGCAGAUCAUCAAGAUUGGUCUGUUUGCUGACAUCGAGCUAAGCAGAAAUGAAGCGCUGGCAGCAUUGCUGAGAGACGGGGAAACCCUGGAGGACCUGAUGAAGCUGUCUCCAGAAGAACUGCUGUUACGCUGGGCAAACUUCCACCUGGAAAAUGCUGGCUGGCAGAAGAUCAACAACUUCAGCUCUGACAUCAAAGACUCAAGGGCCUACUUCCACCUCCUGAAUCAAAUCUCUCCAAAAGGCACCGAGGAAGAUCAGCCACACAUAGACAUUAACAUGGCAGGCUUCAGCGAGAAAGACGACGUGAAGAGGGCAGAGGCCAUGCUGCAGCAGGCAGACAGGCUCGGCUGUCGACAGUUUGUCACCCCAACUGACGUCGUCAGUGGAAACCCCAAACUCAACCUUGCCUUUGUGGCCAAUCUGUUCAACAAGUAUCCAGCGCUGACCAAACCUGAGAAUGAGGACAUUAACUGGGGACUGUUGGAAGGUGAGACACGAGAAGAGAGGACAUUCCGAAACUGGAUGAACUCUCUGGGAGUGAACCCACAUGUCAAUCAUCUGUAUGGAGACCUACAGGAUGCCAUGGUCAUCCUCCAACUCUAUGAGAAGAUUAAAGUGCCUGUUGACUGGAACAACAAGGUCAACAAGCCACCUUACCCCAAGCUGGGAACAAACAUGAAAAAGUUGGAGAAUUGUAACUACGCAGUGGAACUGGGCAAAACAGCCAAGUUCUCCCUUGUUGGCAUUGGCGGGCAGGACCUGAACGAUGGCAAUGCGACCCUGACUCUGGCAGUGGUGUGGCAGCUGAUGAGAAGAUAUACGUUGAAUGUACUGGAGGGACUGGGUGAUGGACAGAAAGUAAAUGAUGACAUCAUCGUAAACUGGGUAAACAAAACGUUGGCGGAAGCUGGAAAGUCGACCAAGAUUUCAAGCUUUAAGGACAAGGAGAUCAGCAGCAGCAUGGCAGUGGUGGAACUGAUAGACGCCAUCCAGCCCGGCAGCAUCAACUACGAGCUGAUAAAAACCGGCAGCCUGUCUGAAGACGACAAGCUGGAGAAUGCCAAAUAUGCCGUCUCUAUGGCGAGGAAGAUCGGAGCCCGUGUCUACGCGCUCCCAGAAGACCUUGUGGAGGUCAAGCCCAAAAUGGUGAUGACAGUCUUUGCCUGCUUGAUGGGUCGGGGGAUGAAGCGAGCCUAAGAGACUGGCUGGGAUCAUUGUGACACUUUCUCAUACCCACAAGCCAUUAACGUUUGGAAGAGCUCCCCCAACUGAAAGAAUGAAGACUUAUUUUUUUAUUAUUUUGAAUGAGAAUAACAAGCUGUCAAAAUCAAAAAUGUUGCAUGUGUCCCUGCGUCUGUUGAGGCGUUUACUGAAGAAAGAUGUCCAUUUAUUUAAAGUGAAUCCGAAAUACUAAAACAUCCUAUACAGUUAUCAUGUUACAGAGGACGACUUGUUACUUUCAAUAUAGCUCUCGAUUAAUGUAUAAGAAUGCUGUUUUUCAAAAGCGAGUUUUCGUAUUCCAGCUGCAAGGUUGUUUACAUAUUUUUACUCAGACCGAUAAGUAAAAAAAUAUCCUUGACUAAGCAACACACAUUCCUGAAUACCAUACUUAUUAAUAAAUGCUCGACAAGGCAAAAAAUAAAGUCAGAGGCGGGCUGUUAAGGUGACGCGAGUGGAAAAACACCCAAACAUUGCCUCUCACUUAAUGAAGUACACGCAUGUCUUAAUAAACAGACCAUGAACUUAUCUACAUAUCUGUAUGGAAAAGCCAUCCGGUCAGAUAGUCGUCAUGACUAGCCCGGCAUGCUGUCUGUGUUCUUAUACUCGUCUUUUGUUUCUUAGGAUUGUUACUUGAGAAAGAAAUGCUGUUUUUUUGGGGAUGUCUGGUCUGUGUUGUAUUUUUCGGUCUGUUACGUUGGAUGAGGAGCAGGUGGACUGGACUCUCCCGGCUUCUCCUUUUUCUAGUCGCAAAGACGACUUGUAUUCGCGCUUUCAGGUUUCCCCUUUUUUCUUUUGUAUUCAACAUUACCAAAUAUAAACAGUAACUUCAUUCCAGGUAGUUUCAUGAUAUGACAAUGGCCAAAUUGUAUUUGAUCUUAUGUUCAUGUCUACUCUUAAGUGCUUUACAUAUAACAAUAAAUAUGAAUUUGGAAACUG